AUGGCCGGGCCAGGGUUUCGGGGCCACACCGCUGGACGGUUGCUGCUGCUCCUCCUGCUGCUGCUGCUGCCACCACAGGCUCUGCCCGAGGGACCCCUGGUCUUUGUGGCUCUGGUGUUCCGCCAUGGCGACCGCGCCCCACUGGCCUCCUACCCCACAGACCCACACAAGGAAGCUGUCUCCAGCCUGUGGCCUCGAGGCUUGGGCCAGCUGACCCGGGAGGGGAUCCGACAGCAGCUGGAGUUGGGACGCUUCUUGAGGAGGCGCUACAAGGCCUUUCUGAGUCCCGAGUAUCGGCGGGAGGAGGUGUACAUCCGUAGCACUGACUUUGACCGCACCCUGGAGAGUGCUCAGGCCAACCUGGCUGGGCUGUUCCCAGAGGCCGCCCCGGGGAACCCUGAGGCUGACUGGAAACCCAUCCCAGUGCACACGGUGCCUGUUAGUGAGGACAAGCUGCUGAGGUUCCCCAUGCGUAGUUGUCCCCGAUACCACGAGCUGCUACGUGAGUCCACGGAGGCUGCCGAGUACCAGGAGGCUCUGGAGGGCUGGACGGACUUCUUAAGUCGCCUGAGCAACUUUACGGGGUUGUCGCUGGUUGGGGAGCCCCUUCGCAGGGCGUGGAAGGUUCUGGAUACACUGAUCUGCCAGCGUGCCCAUGGUCUCACCCUCCCAUCCUGGGCCUCCCCGGAUGUCCUGCGGACACUUGCACAGAUCUCGGCUUUGGAUAUCGGGGCGCACGUGGGUCCACCCAGGGCAGCAGAGAAGGCCCAGCUGACAGGAGGGAUCCUCCUGGAUGCCAUCCUGAGCAACUUCUCCCGGGCCCAGCGCCUGGGGCUGCCCCUGAAGAUGGUCAUGUACUCAGCUCAUGACAGCACUCUGCUGGCCCUCCUAGGGGCCCUGGGCCUCUAUGAUGGCAGGACCCCAACCCCACCCUAUGCUGCCUGCCUAGCCUUUGAGUUCCGAAGGCGCCUCAAGGAGCAGGAAGAUGACAAAGAUGGAGGGAAUGUCACCAUCUCCCUCUUCUACCGCAACGACACCACCCGCCCACCCCUGCCCCUCAGCCUCCCUGGCUGUCCUGCCCCUUGCCCACUCAGGCGCUUCCAUCAGCUGACAGCUCCUGCCCGGCCUCCUGCUCAUGGGGCUCGCUGCCAAGGUUCCUAUGACCCUGCCACCUCCCCAGCCACAGCUGUGCCCCUGCUCGCUGGAGCUGUGGCCGUGCUGGCGGUUCUCAGCCUGGGGCUGGGCCUGCUGGCCUGGAGACCCAGCUGCCUGCGGGCCUUGCGGGAGGCCGUGUGAGCAGGGGCAGCCCUUCCCCCCAGUCGCCACUGGAUCCCAACACGUGUGCUCACCUGCUGCUCUGGCUGGUCACUUACUGCGCGUGGGGAACAAGGGCUGGGCGGCUCUCUGGCUAAGUGUGUGUUGCUGUGUGCACAUGCCUGGACGUUUGCGUGGAUACGCACUCAAUGUGCUUGUAUGGGUUGGGACAUGGGUGUUCACACACGGUGCGCAUGCACCCAGGUGGGAAGCACGCCUCAGGAGCCACAUGGGACUUCACCCUUCACACGCAGCCCACACCCCACCCCACCAACAGCUGUGUAGCCAAGGGUGACUGCAAGUGAGUGGUGCUGGUCAGUAAGGUAACUGCUGACCA